AUGGCGACCGCUCCACUCCAUCUUGCAGGACCGCGCUUCCGCAUACGCGAUGCGACGCCAGAUGAUGCGCCGGCAAUGACAGACUGCUUCUUCCGUUCCUUCAACGCUCCCUUCUGGCAGUACUUCAUCCCGGACAACAAAGGGGACAGGAAAUGGUGGACCGACGCGUGGAUUAUGGGACUUGAGAAUCCGACAGAUCGCUCCUUUGUCGCUGAAGACACCGAGAACGGCAACAAGAUCGUUGCCUUCAGUCGGUGGAUGCUUCCACAGAGCGACGGCAACCUGGAGCGGAAGUGGCCAGACUUGCCGGAUAGCUGGGAUAUGGAGGUCGCCGGCGCAUUCUUUGGUGGCAUGGAGGCCAAUCGGAAGGCGAUGAUGGGCACUCGACCACAUUGGUUCCUCGAGAUGCUCGGUGUCCACGAAGACUACCAGAAACACGGCAUCGCCGCGAGGCUCAUCAAGUGGGGCACUGAUCAGGCGGACAAGGACGGGCUCGACACAUACCUUGACGGCAGUGAGGUUGGGCAGCCUUACUACAAGCGACGCCAUGCCUUUACUAAGGACGAGAAGGACGUCGACAUCCCGGACCGACCGCAGUAUGGAUCGUUUCACUAUAAGAGCUUAGUCAGAGGGCCGCAGCCAGUAUCAGUGUAG